AUGACGAACGAAGUCAGUGAUCCCCAAGAGAUCCCACCUUCAGAUGCUGGAAAGGAAUUACCGCAAGUAAGUGAGGUUAAGAAUGAAGAAACGAAUGAUGAGGAUUCUUCCAAUGAAGGUGAUUCCCAAGCGAAGAAAAGAAAGAAAGGACCAGCGCCGGGAAAGAAGCCAUCUGCCGAGGUGUUACAACGUCGUAAAGAAGGUAGAAGAAAAGCUGCGGCUACCAUUGCUAACAAUAUUAAGAAAACAGGUAUAGGCAGAUUUGAAGAGCAAAAUGGAUUUACAUUAACCAGUGUUAAGCAGAUUCCGUUGAUUAACCAGAAGAAUUAUUACACCGACUAUUUGAAGAAGGACGAGCAAGUGUCGUUUAUAAGAAACUGGAGAACUGAAAAGUUGUUGGCGCAGAAGCUCAAGAACUUGAAGAAAGACGAACUCAAGAAGGACGAUAGCGAUACCAAUGAAACCAAAAACUUUGACAACUUCAACUUGAAUGAUAUUGAGACAGAAAUGAACAAGAAGAAAUCCGCUACGGCGUUGGUUGAAGAAGAAGAAGAGGAGGAAGAGGAAGAAGAUGAAAAUGAGAAUGAAGAAAUCAGCGAAGAGAAAGCCAGGUUAGGGUUUGAUACCAUUAUCAUCCACCCGGGAUCUUCCAAUAUUAGAAUUGGUAGAGCAACUGAUGCUUUCCCAAAAACGGUUCCAACGGUGAUUGCAAUUCCAAAUACCAACAAGCAUGAGCAGACGGACAAUACCGUGCCUACGCCCGUGAGGACUGUGGAUGAAGAAGGGCACGUAUUUUAUAAUGAAGAAUUCGACGAGGUUAAAGAAAGCGUCACUAAAGAUUUCAAGGCGAGGAUGAGAUACUACAAGAGAAGAAUGCUUCCAAAUUCAAGAGAAACCGCCGCCAACUAUAAUAAGAGACAGGAACCCGAAAUGAUACCUGACCAUAACGAUCCCAUGAAGAAAGAGUGGAUUGAUUUGAAGGAUCCAAAAUAUAACAAGAAUAAAUUUUUUGUUGGUGAAGAAGCAUUAAGUUUGCCAAUAUGUGAAAAAUUUACAGACUGGAAAUUAAGGUAUCCAGUAAUAAAUGGUAGAUUCAACGAAGCAUCCGAUGAUUAUGAAUCGUGUCAAGAGAUCAUGGGUGAUUUGAGCAAUAUAAUAGUUGAGUCAUUAAGCGACUUAGAUAUCAAGAAGCCCCAACUAGCCAACUUAAAAGCUAUACUUAUCAUUCCUGAUUUAUACGAUAAAAUGCAAGUUGAAACUUGGUGUGAUUUGUUGUUUAGGCAAGUUGGAUUUGGAAGAAUUGGUAUAAUCCAAGAGUCAGUACUGGCCACAUUUGGUGCCGGUGCUACAAGUGCAUGUGUGGUAGACGUAGGAUCGCAAACUACAUCAAUUGCAUGCGUUGACGAGGGAAUGGUCAUAAAUGACUCGAGAAUUGUGUUGAACUACGGUGGUGAUAACAUAACUGAAACAUUUAUCAAAUUGUUGUUGCAAAGUCAAUUUCCCUACAAAGAUAUCAACUUGAGUAGUAGAAACGAAGAUUGGGAAUUAGCUCAGACUUUGAAACAUAACUUUAUAACGUUCCAAGAUGCCGAUAUAGCGGUACAAUUGUAUCACUUCUACCAAAGAAAGCCGUACGAAACGACCAAAAAAUACGAGUUCAAGGUGUUCGACGAAGUCAUGUUGGCACCACUUGGGUUAUUCUACCCGGAUUUGUUCCAAAUCGACAAGACGGCCCAUGACACCAAGAAGCUUUUCAGUCCGUCCGUUGACCAGUAUUCUGGAAAGCCCAACAACCCGUACUCGAAGUCGCAAGAAAAUAUCAUGAGCAAAUUUGUCCAUUCAGAUUUGUCCGACGAAGCGUUGUUGAACAGAAUACUAGACGAGAGAAACGACAUGAAGUCAACCAACCCAUACUCGAAGCCAAAGCCUACCAGAACAUCUGCCAAUGAGGACCCGCAUCUCAAUUGCUCGACUCCUCUCGAAAAAGCCAUCAUCGAGUCGAUCACCAACGCGGGUGUUGUAUCCGACUUCUCCAAAACGAAAAAAUUCUACGACAACUUGCUUAUUGUGGGCGGAGGCUUCGCCAAGGUGUCGGGGUUCGAUCUGGUGCUUUCAGACAGAAUCAACAUCUGGAGACCCAAGUUCUUGUCGUCAAGUACCCUCGAUGAGAUGUUGGACUACGUUUCAACCGAAAGACUGAAGGUCGAUGCGUUGAGGUCGCAGUUGAUUGCCGACUACAAGGCCAGGAAAAAGGGUCCCGACCAGGCCCUCGACGAUGUCGAGCUAACCGACGACGAAAUGGCCGAAAUCGACUCGCAGACCCAAUUGACCCUCGACCUCGACCACAUCGAUUCCAUAAGCGACAAGGGAUCCGCGUUGCCCGUCAACGUCCUCCCCCCUCCGCGAGAAUUCGACCCCGAGAUGCUUACAUGGAAGGGUGGGAGUGUCUACGGCAGAUUGAAGGUGGUCAACGAAAUGUGGGUUACCCAGAAAGACUGGGACUUGUUGCAGAGCAGAUGUUUAUACUACAAGAGUUUGUUCAACUACUAA